UUAUUAUUAAUAAUAAUAGUAAUAAUGAAUUUUACAUCAGCCAACAUGCAGUACUAGUGCUGAACCAACCCUUUUGCUGCAUUAUACGUUAUGCUUCUUUGCCAUUUCAGGGGCUGCUGCUGUCGGGAGGCAAGGCUUUGAAUUGCACUCUGGCAGCAGGGAUGACAUUGGAGGCUGGACGGAUGCCGGUGGGCUCAGAGGCUAAAGAGGAGGCGGAGGACCAGGGCUGCGCCAGCAUCCUAGGUGAUGGACGGGUGACUGAGAACAAGGAGGAGACUCAUCUGACGGAAAAUCCUGAUUGUUUGCAGCCUCCAAGCCAAAAAGGUGGAUGCCCUGAGAGGCGAAGGGGAAAUCCCCUGGGAGGGAGUGCUGCCGAUUCUGUCCUUUAUGCCAGAAGGAAGGAGGCGUUGGAGAAAAACAUCCACAAAGACGAUAAACGACACAAGUGUGCCGUGUGCGGACGAGGGUUCAGUCGGCCCACAGGUCUCACUGCGCAUCAGCGGAUCCACACAGGCGAGAAACCCUACAAGUGCGUGGAGUGUGGGAAAAGCUUCAGUUUGAAGUCAACCCUCGUGGCCCACGCAAGGACCCACACGGGCGAGAAGCCGUACACCUGCACGCACUGCGGGAAAAGCUUCGCCGUGAGCUCGGACCUCACUCGGCACUACCGGACCCACAUGGGAGAGAAGCCCUACAAGUGCUCAGAGUGCGGGAAGUGCUUCCGGCAGAGCUCCUCGUUCUGCAGCCACCUGAGGACCCACACAGGAGAACGGCCGUUCCGGUGUUCGUGCUGUGGGAAGAGCUUCGCCAUGUCCUCGGACCUCACCAAACAUUACCAGACCCACACCGGAGAGAAGCCGUUCAAAUGCUCGGACUGCGGGCGCCGGUUCCGGCAACACUCCUCUUUUGCCAACCACCUGAAAAGCCACCGCGGAGAGCUGCCUUUCAAAUGUUCCGACUGCGGGAAGUCCUUCAGCGUGAGCACGUUCCUGAUCAGACACGAGAGAAUCCACACGGGGGAAAAGCCGUACCGGUGCUCAGAUUGUGGGAGGAGCUUCGGGCACAACUCUCAGCUCAUUUCGCACCGGCGCGUUCACACGGGGGAGAAGCCGUACAAGUGUCCUGAGUGCAGGAAAAGGUUUACCGCUAGCUCUCUCCUCCGGGGACACCAGAGAAUCCACACCGGCGAGAAACCGUACAGCUGCGGGGUUUGUGGAAAGACGUUCAGCCUGAGGUCCAACUUCCGCAAGCACCAGAGCACUCACACGGGGGAGAAGCCGUUUAAGUGCUUAGCCUGUGGGAAAAGCUUCAUUACGAGUUCAGAUCUUCUUGCACACAAGAGAACCCACGCGGGAAAUAACAAUAAAUAAAUAAUAAUUUUAUUUUUUUUAUUUAUACCCUGCUCUUCCCGGUUUAAAAACCGGGCUCAGGGCGGCUAACAGCAAAUAUAAAACAUUGAUUAAAAUGCGACUUAAAAACAGCAGAAAACACAACAUAAAAUGCAGCAUCAAUAUCAAUAAAAUUCAAAAAUUCAGGGGUCAUUUUGGGAAAAACAAAACCCCAGUCAAAUGAUCACCAGGGCUAACUGGCCAAGUUGGCCCUACUAGGGUCAGCAAAGAGAUCAGGGAAGAAUUUAAAUGUGGGGUCCCAGAAAGGGUUUCUUCAUAAAAGAGGAAAGGGAAUAGAGGAUCAGGGAAUAGAGGAUCAAUUGUAGAUAUGCACCAGGAGGUGGGCUUAUGAUCUUAAUACAGUGGUACCCUUGGUUUUUGGACGUCUCCAUUGCUGAAUGUUUCGGUUUUCGAACGCUGAAAACCCAGAAGUAAAUGCUUCCGUUUUCGAACGCACCUCGGAAGUCAAACGGCUUCUGCUGCAUGUAUCUGUUUUUCACAAUUUUCUCUGUUGAAUUGGCAGGCCGCCCUUUGCACCUCGGUUUUCGAACAUUUCGGAACUCGAACGGUCUUCCAGAACAGAUUACGUUCAAAAACCAAGGUACCACUGUAUUGUUCAGAGCUUACGGGUAGCAGAAAGGUGAUAACUACUUCCCCAAGUUGGUGUGUGUGGCAUUCGAAUGGAGCCCCCGGUCGUCUCACGGACUAUUGACCUGUGCACCACUAAUCCGCUGCCACCAACCAGGUCCUCCCCGGUAAAAUCACUUCAGCCUCAGUCAGGUUCUCAAUUAGUAAAGAAGAGUGUAUUUUAUUUCAGACACAAACAAACUUUUCCGGCAUUCCAAAUGUUGUUACUCUUUACUUUCUUAGUCUUAUUUUCCUCUCUCUAUCUCUUCUACCUCCCCUCACUCAAGAACCCACUGCCCUAACUGUCUCUCUGUUUCCAACUGCCUGCCAGCUGCUUCUCCAACUGUCUUUCCCAACCAGCCAACCCACUAAAACCAACCAACUACCCACCAACAGCUCCCAAAAACAACUAACUCAAACCUUGGGCUAAGCCCUUUUAUACACAGGUAGGCUCCGCCUCCCUCCGGCUUACCUAUUGGUCUAUAUUUUUAACCCUAUCUCUCCCUGUACAGACAGCCUUUAAAGGAAUGGGCAAACACCACAGUGGGUUGUUGAGUUCUUUCCCCUUCUGAGAAAGGGGCUGUAACUGGUUGCUUCCAAGCACAUGGCUAGUAAGAGGCUCAGAAAAGCACUUUGCUACUAGCAGAUUCACGGGCCUGGAGAUUGGCAACAAGGACAAUGAGUAAUUUCUUCUGAAGUAGCACUUUGUGUUAACGCUUUG